GUUGCCACGUCUCAUGUAGCCGCUGUGAUGUUGAUACGGUUCUCCUGUCUCAAUUGUUAUCUGUAUUAUUGGUGUUUUGAGGUUUUUGGUUAUGUGUUGUUGGUUUCUCUUUCCAAUUACAAUGUUUUUGCAUUUCUCUUUUUCCUUCUUUGCAGUGGCAUGUUUUCCUUUUCUUCUCGUACCAGUUGGUCAGUGACUUAUUUUUCUGCUAUAUUCUCCUCUGCCUCCGUGUUUCAUACAAUCACCUCUAAUUCUUUGGUUACCAUGUUUUGCCUUCCUUUGGUUUUGCAGUAGCUUGAAUAAUUUUUCCAUCGUGAUUUAAAAGUUUAAGCACCAACUUAAACUCGUUAUUUUCAGAAUGUUAACUGGCUGUAAGAUUUUCUGUAAACUCACCAGCCCGCAUUAAUCUUCAGUCCCCUGUUCAUUUUCAAUCCUUUUAGUUUUAUUUAUCUGUAAGUUUUAUGUUUGUUGAGUGAGAUAAUCCUCCCACGUGUACCACUGACUUAUCAGCUGCUACAGGAGAGAAUAUGACAACGUUGGGCAUGGUCCGAUCAGUUUUGUUUAAAGUUAGAUUAAGAUGGCGGAUAAAAGGUGUUUUAAAUUAUAUAAUUAUUUUAUUUUGGGAUAAGGGAGGACCGGUAUGGAGUAAGUAACGAUCGAAAAGCAAAAGCGUUAAAUGUGUCGACUCCAUUCUUCACUGGUCUAUAGCGGCAGGUUUUAAAAGCAUUUGGCUCUGUGAGUUUGACAUAGUGGGUUUGCAUGCGAUGAGGAAUGCAGGUGAAAGUGUGUCGGUGCUCGAGUCACGUCACAGGGCGAGACGCGUUUCCUAGCAAGGUGCGCGCGCACGACGUCACCACGCUUGCGCACUGCUUGGCUGAUUACAACGACCGCGUUUGAGAGACGCGCAGCACCUAUCAUUGUUUCUGGAAUUUUAUUUGCCUUGCGGCCCACACAGCGUCUAAAUAAUGCCAAAAUCGUUUCUGAAUUCCUUGCGGGGUUACAGAGCUGGUGAAUUCCUGGACGGUCGCUUCGGCUGGCGCCACAGGCCCACACGGUCCAGUAUCGCCGAGACCGGCAGUGGACAUAUUCAAGAUAGUCCGGCUGCUAAAAGCUCUCAGCCAAGACAACGCAAAGCAGCCAGCAAGGAUCCUUCAUUCAACCAUCUUUCUUUAGUAACAAGAUUCCAGCUGAGCAUGAAUGCUCCCAGCCCGAACCAGCAGCUUGUAGCGGCAUCUCCAUUGAUCAAGAGAUGGAGCUGCGACUCUGCGAUCACCCAAUACAGCCCCGACUUCUGUUUUGAGCGCUGCCGCCAUUUUUUACAAGCACAUGAAGACAGGAUUUUUAGGUCUAAAACUGUGCACCAAACGCAUAAAAAUUUAAAAAAGAUUAGAACUCACAAGCAAACUAGAGCGAAUGUCAUCGUCACAAACAAGGAGAACUUGCCGUCAACAGCUGCUCUUACGAAAUGCAGUCAGCAGAAGCCACUGCAAAAGAGCUCCAACACCAUUCACUUGCUACCAACAUCGGACCGCCGGCGGCAACUGAGUUCAGGGUUGACAACCUUAAACUCCUUGUGUUCUUCACAAACGGGUCUGCAAGCGGAGUCCACAUGUUUGCAGGAAAAGAGCAACCCACCUGUCUUGAUGAGUUCUUUGGCAUUUACCUCAUCGCGCGACAUAUCGUCAGGGUGGUCUGGGUCUUCUCAACAGAUUCUGCCUUUGGUGGAAGAGAAAUCCACGGCAUCACCACAUACGGCACCCAAUCUUCUGGUGUCGGGAUCAGCUCGGUGUGUGCAGGACGAAGGGCUGCCUCCCCCAGGUCGAGCAGACAGCAGCUACUCGAUGGCUGGCCUCCUGAUACCUGCGGCAGUCCUGCAGCCCGUGCUCCUCCCACUCGACAGCCCACACCUGGCCGCUUACCCCGCGUGGGCCGACAUGCACAACGCUCACUGUGGUAUGCUUAUUACAGAAUGUCAGCAACGCAGAUGUCCUCUGACCAGCUCUGCUGCCAGCAGUGCUUGGGUCAGCUCUGUGGCUGCUGCAGUGUCGGCUAGAGAGUACACGGUCUCCUGUCUGAACUUCAUUCCACUCAUAGUCACCGCCAACCGAGCUGACACCAGCGGCAUGCCAUCGGUGCCAUCUGUCUUGCCAACCGAGAGAAGUGAUAGCAGAAGCGAGGAAGGAUCAGCAACUUCGACAUCAGGCAUGUCAUUGGCACAAUCGCACACAGCAGGAACGUCACACACCCAAUCAGAGACAGCAGGCAGCUCAUACAGACAGUCUCAGUCAACAGGCACGUUAUACACACAGUCACAGAGCUGCACAGCGUCGCUUGCCCAGUACAUAUUCUCGCUGAAGCAAGAAGCCAGCCCAGACUGUACGAGUUCUCCUGGACAUGAACAUGUGUUUGACGGCGUUCUCCAUUGCUAUGGUCGCAUUCCUAGAGAAAAUCACUGUACGCAUUCAAGCUCAGUCUUUCCCAAGAAGAGAGGCCGGCAGUACAGGAAAGCGGAGUCGGACUGCGGCGUGUAUUUCCCUGAUGAAAACGAUGUGCACACAGAUAACAUCACCAGCUCCGUCCUGAUGACAAAGACGAGGAACGUAAGUCGCAACAACAGUCCAAGUUGCCACAAGUGCCCUGACUGUCAGCUGCAGUUCUCUAGAGCCAGCGACCUCAGUUCGCAUUUGCUGAACCACAGUGUCACCGGCGUGGGCAGCGGAGCUCGCAACAAGUGUGUGGUCUGCUCGCGGGUCUUCACUCGCUCCUGGCUACUGAAGGGUCAUAUGCGCACCCACACUGGCGAGCGGCCAUUCCACUGUUCCUUCCCACAAUGCAAUAAAGCUUUCGCGGAUAAGUCCAACCUCCGCUCUCACACGCUUAUUCACACAACUAGUUCCAAAAGUUUUGUCUGCCCUAAAUGUGGACGCGCAUUUUCUCAGAAAAGAUACUUGCAUAAGCAUAUGUUGGAAGUAUGCCGUAUCAUAUGAAAUCAUCAUCCAGCUUAGCGAACAAAAACAUUUCAUAGCAUCUGAAUAUACGUUUUUGUCAGCUGCUAAUUUGGCGCAGAUAGGACAUUUACAAGCCGCCAGGAUAUCAGAAAGAAAUGCGUCUAAGGACUAGGCAUCAAAGAAUAACACUCGCUCUUCUACUGACAUUGUACAAUGAAACCAGAAAAUUAUUCUGGUGAUGCGUUUGUUUAUAAGGUUCAAUUGUUUUUAAAUACAUAGAAAGUAUAUUCAUAUAUGAAUAUUCACACGCACACAUUGUAAAAAAUAGUUUAAAUGGCAACUGGAUACCAUAAAAAAUUCGCCUAUCGACUGAUUAUCACAGAAUUAAACUCGCUCAUCUACCGACAUUGUACAGUGAAACCAGAUAAUAUUCUGGUUAUGCACUUGUUUACAAGAUUCAAAUACAAGAUCUUGCACACAAAUUAUAAAAAAGUUUGAAUGGAAACUGGAUACCUUAAAUAUAAAACUUUGCAAUAAAUGGUCAUCAAACAGACAA